AUUCCAAUGUAUACUUUCAUUGUCUCUCUCUUAGGUAUGAAAGAGAAAACAGAUAUUUGGGAGGGGAGCCGGGGGGAAGAAAAGGGUGGCGCUUAAUAUAUACCGCACCUUCCAUGAACAGCCUUCACAAGCUGACAACUGGCGCAUCCUUCCGCCACGUUGCAUUUUUGUCUGUGGGCAUUUCCCUUUGACGUGGCACCCACUCUCCCUUUUCCCUAAAUAAAUACACCCCGCCCUCUCUGCCUCUCUCUCCCCAGAUCCUCCCCACUUCUUUCCUUCCUUUCUUUCUUCCACACACACUUUCCUCCCCCACAACUAAGAAAAUUAAAAGGGAAAAGGGUAAAUAAUGCCGGGCUUUGGUGGUGUAGGACUUCAACUAGAAACUCCCAAUAGGGACGGUCCAACUCGAGAUUUGCGUGACCACCUCCCUUCUUUAAUGUCUUCUUCUUAUCCUAUCACUCUCAAGUUCAUCGACGUGUGUUACAAGGUGAAGAUACAGCAAACCAACACUCGAGGUCGGAGCAUUAAACGCAUGCUCACCCAUGGAUCCACACCUUCUGAUCAGAUAUCAACCAUCCAAGAGAAAACUAUCUUGAAAAAUAUCACGGGCGUGGUUUCACCAGGGGAAAUCUUGGCCAUCCUUGGCCCUUCAGGCAGCGGCAAAUCUACACUCCUCAAUGCCUUAGCUGGGAGGCACCAACAACAAAGCCGUGCCUUUUCUGGAACUAUCCUUGCUAACAACAAAAAAUCCACCAAACAAAUAGCCAAACGCACCGGAUUCGUCACCCAAGAUGAUGUUCUUUACCCUCACUUAACAGUUCGUGAAACACUCGUGUUUUGCUCCCUCUUAAGGUUGCCCAAAACAUUGACCAAAAAAGACAAGAUUUCAGUGGCUGAAAUGGUUUUAUCCGAGUUGGGGCUAUCCAAAUGUGAAAAUACAAUUAUCGGGAACAGUUUCAUACGCGGGAUUUCCGGUGGAGAGCGAAAAAGAGUGAGUAUAGCUCAUGAAAUGCUUAUAAACCCUAGUCUGUUGAUUCUUGAUGAACCAACGUCGGGUUUGGACUCGACAGCGGCUUUCCGGUUGGUUUCGACGUUGGGGUCGUUGGCCCAAAAGGGAAAAACCAUAGUUACAUCCAUGCACCAACCUUCAAGCCGAGUUUAUCAGAUGUUUGACUCGGUGUUGGUUUUGAGUGAAGGAAGGAGCAUGUAUUUUGGGAAGGGAAGUGAAGCCAUGGCUUAUUUUGAGUCGCUUGGAUUCUCGCCGUCUUUUCCUAUGAAUCCUGCGGAUUUCCUCCUUGAUCUCGCUAACGGUGUGUGUAAACUUGAUGGUGUAUGCGAAAGAGAGACACCAAACAUAAAACAAAGCCUGAUUGCUUCUUACAAUACCCUGUUGGCUCCAAAAGUAAGAGAUGCUUGUAUGGAGAUCACCACUGUUUCAGAAAGGGACUCGCAUUUGAUUGGGAGCCAUUCCUGCAAACAACACACGAGUAGCUGCAGCGUUGACCUCUCUACUUGGUUCUAUCAAUUCAGGAUUCUACUUCAAAGAGGGCUUAAAGAAAGAAAGUAUGAAUCUUUCAACACCCUCAGAGUCUUCCAAGUAAUUACUGCUUCCAUCUUGGCAGGUUUAAUGUGGUGGCAUUCGGAUUAUCGAGACAUACAAGACCGCCUCGGUCUCCUCUUCUUCAUUUCCAUAUUUUGGGGUGUCUUGCCAUCGUUUAAUGCAGUAUUUGCCUUUCCCCAAGAACGUGCCAUCUUUAUGAAAGAGCGUGCUUCCGGGGCUCGGCCUUGCAUUUGGAGCAGUAAUCAUGGAUGCCAAACAGGCUUCAACCAUUGUUACUGUCACAAUGCUAGCAUUUGUUCUAACAGGAGGAUACUACGUGCAUAAGGUGCCAGCAUGCAUGGCAUGGAUCAAGUACGUCUCUACUACAUAUUACAGCUACAAGCUGUUUGUUAACGUCCAAUACAGCCAAGGCAACAAAAUUUCCUCGUUGUUGGGUUGCCCGCACCAUGGAAGUAAUAGAGUUAGCUGCAAGUUUAUUGAUCAAGACAUCGCAGGGCAAAUUAGCCCGAAACUGAGUGUGGGAAUCUUGCUUCUAAUGUUUGUAGGAUAUAGGUUGCUAGCUUACCUUGCAUUGAGGCGCAUCAAAGGUUGAGCCUUAUGUAUUAUUAGUUUACACGUACUUGUAAUUCAUACAUGCCCUUGUAAUCGUAAAUUUUCAAAAGGAUGGCGAAGGAAAAAGAAAAGAGAGAUUUAUUCAGGAA